AUGACAACGAUGUUCAUCCAACUGCGCCGCGUGGUGUACCUGUUGGUACUUCUGCAGUGCUGCGUGUGUGUGGCGAAUGCGACAAGUGUAAGUGGUGGUUUGUCGCCAAAGAACGUUUCUACUGAUUCAAAGGUUGAUAUCUUAACUGCAAACGUGUUGGCGUUAUCAAAGGAAGCAUCGCAAACUGUUAAUGCGGCAAAAAAUGCGCAGAAAGAAUGUAGGGCAGCCGUGAAAGGUGCUGCGGAUUCUGUGAAAGAGUGCGUUGACUUCUUGAAUGAGAUUGAAGGAUAUUUAAAGAAUGUUACUGAAGCAAUUAAGUACGUGAAUAAUGUGAGUGACGAUAUUAUUAUGAAGCCUUCGCAUGCUGCCACAUCAGCAGCUGCGAAGGCGAGGAGCGAAGCUGCGAAGACUCAUAAAGUAGCAACUGACUCGAUAGAUGCGGCGCGAAAGCUGAGGGAGAAGGCUGCUGAACUUCAGAAACUGGUGGAUGAAUACUCGAAUUCAUUGGACGUCAGUUCUCCUACAUCACCAGGUUUCUUCUCGUCUUAUGAGAGAAUAAGAUUGGGAUAUUCUACUGCAGAAACAGCAGUACAAACUGCAAUGAAUUUAGAGUCGGUUGCCAAAGCAACCAAAGAGGUGGCAGUUGAGGCAGAUAAUCAGAGUGAGGAAGCAAUAAAAGCGGUGCAACGUCUGGAUACGGUGGUUAACGCGUUAAGGUCAGUAGUGGCAGAAGGAAAGAAAGCUUUAGCAGAAGAACAGCUACAAAGAAGUAUGGAACCAGUGACCUCAAAAGAACUUCAGUUGAAGGAAGAAACAAAAGGAGGUGAAAACGCCAUGCGUAAAACGAUAAGCAAUAAACUGGAAACUAAGUUGAUACCACAUGUCCAGCAAGAACAACCAAAAGUAAGAGCGCAACAAGUGAGGGAAAAGGAAGAACUCAAAUCAAUUCAUUCUGAGAAUGGUGAGAAUAAAGUGACGAAUAGAGCAAGCGAGACUGGGGAAAAUGAGCCACCAAUGCAGUCUUCCAUUAAGGAAAAAGUAAAAAAUAUCGAAUCCAAGAUAACUAGAACCAAUAUGGGUGAAAACAACACGAGGUACCUUACUACAAAAAGCCAACUAGUUCAGGGAGAGAAAGUCAGACAAAAUAACAAGAAAAACACUAAUAGAAAAGAAGUAAAAACGGAGAACAACAGCAACAAAGAAAGCUUAGAGAAUCAAGAGACAAAAACGAAUACUCAGAAACUAAAUCAAAUACCUACUGCCUCAACGGCCAAUGAGCAGAUAAGAUCACAAAAAAUGUCAUACGGUUCUCUUUCCACCGGUUCCAUCCCUUUGGAUGCUCUAGGGUCAAACGACAGCAGCAGCAGUCCUGCAUUGGUGCACGGUCCCUUACUGCUGCUUCUGCUGUGUGUGCUGGGCGGCGCUCUCGUGUGCUAA